AUGGGAUGGCAAUUGGCAAUCAUGCAAAUUUCCGGCACUAAAAUGAAAGAUUCCGUAACGAACAACAUUGACGAGGAAUACACUCGGCUCGAUGAACACCUUCACGACUGCACGAGGAAGGCUGAGAGUUUCAAAAUUGCAAAUGGGAUUUGCAGAGAAACGAUAAAAGAAGACCUUAGAGAGGAAAGAGCAGAAGUGUUGGCUGAAGCUGCAGAGGCGACAAAAAGCAUUCGCUACGCUCGUCAAAACUUUGCCAAUGGAAAGGAGACCCACAUGACACCGGCAACCAUCUGCUUACUAUCCGGUAUCUACAAGCUCUUUACAAGAGUGGUUCCUGAAAAGUUGUUAGAUGAAAGGCAGCCAUACGAACAAGCAGGGGUUCAAAAACGAUUUAGCGCGAUUGACUACAUUCACACUGUGUCAAAACUCAUCGAAGUAUCGGUAGAGUACAAGAUGGCGCACUGUCUCACCUUCAUCGCCUUGAAGAAGGGACUUAGUUGA